AAAACCCUGGGUCACUCAAUUUCCAUGGAACCUACACAUAUACUUACAUAACAAUAAUAAUAAUAUUCAAUAUAAUUAAUUAUUCAUCAAAUAGAUAAUCAUCAGUCGUUGGUGCUGUUGCUGUUAAUCUCUGCAGCCCUAAACGCCUCCAUUUUUUGAUAAAGGAUGGGCGACGCUAAUGAAAUUAAAGAUAUCGAUCUGCAAACGAAAGAAACUGAGGAUGAUUUUCAUGAUUCUGAUGAUGAUGAUCUUAAUAAGCCAUUAUGGAAAAAGUUUCGCCCGGAGCUUGAAUCAAGGUUGAGUGGUGUCAAAUCGUUUUUUAGGAUUCAUAUGGUUCCUGCUUCAGUUUCUGUAGCAAUGGUAAUGUGUUAUCUGCUCUUAAGAUCAAAGAGGUCAAAAUUUAAAGUUACUCCAUAUUCAGACUUGUUGAAGGGCCUUCAAGAUGGAAGUGUGACGAGGGUUCAGUUCAAAGAAAACUCACGUUGUGUAGUGUACGACAGUGUGCCACGAAUUUCUGAGAGUGCAAAAGUAUUAAAUCAAGGAAGCAGUCCUAUAUUAAAAUUCCAAAAGAUGCUGGCAUCCAUGGUUGGAAAUUUGUUACCAAAACAUGACAUCAUACCUGGGUUAUACCACUCACAAAUUGUCGCCGAUAAAAAGAAUUUGGAGCUUGUUGCUAGCCAAUUACCUAGACAUGGGUGGCAGUUUUCUACAAGAUACAUUGAUGAUGAUUAUAGAGAGCUUCUUAAUUUGAUGAAAGAAAAAGGAACCACGUAUGGGUUAGAGCCUGAACCGUUUGUAGUUUCAGCGGGGAGAAGGCUUUGUUCUACUUUACUAAGUCAAGCACCUUCAUGGGCUAUGCUGUCAUUGGUUGCUCAUGGAUUAGGUGGUGGUGGUAGCAGUAUUGCAAGAAAACCCAGUAAAAACGAUAUGGUAACUUUUGAUGAUGUUGAAGGUGUAGAUGAAGCUAAGGCAGAGCUAAUGGAGAUUGUGUCAUGCUUGCAAGGAGAUUCAAACUAUGUACUUCUAGGAGCAAAGAUACCUCGAGGUGUUCUUCUAGUGGGUCCACCUGGAACAGGGAAGACACUACUCGCCCGUGCAGUUGCUGAAAAAGCUGGAGUCCCAUUUUUCAUCACUUGUGCAAGUGAAUUUGUGGAGAUGUUUGUUGGAAGAGGAGCUAGUCGCAUCAGGGAUCUUUUUAAGGAGGCUAGAAAACAUGCGCCAUCUAUCAUUUUCAUCGAUGAACUAGAUGCAGUCGGGCUCAAGCGUGGUAGAGGAUUUAAUACCGAGGGUGACCAAACAUUAAACCAACUGUUGACAGAAAUGGAUGGAUUCGAGUCAGAUAAGAAGGUGGUGGUUAUUGCAGCAACAAAUAGGCCUGAAAUGUUGGAUUCAGCUCUCCUCCGUGCUGGCCGAUUUUCAAGAAAAGUUUUCGUGAAGGAACCAGACGAAGAAGGAAGAAAGAAAAUAUUGGCUGUUCAUUUCAGAGAUGUACCCCUUGAGGACGACAGGGAUGAUAUUUUUAAUCUGGUUGCAUCAUUGACACCAGGUUUAGUAGGUGCUGACCUAGCAAACAUUGUCAAUGAAGCUGCUCUUCUUGCUGCACGUAGAGGUGGAGUUUGUGUGUCGAGAGAUGACGUAAUGAAAGCUGUUGAAAGAACCAAAGUGUCGUUUGACGAUAGGCAGCAACAGCAGGAGUUCAGUAAACAAGAAGCACAAGAAAUUUAUUCGAUCUCGAACCAACUACUUGCACGGUCGAAGUUUGACUUUUGAGCAACAAAAGGCAGACAACUCUCUUUUUGCAGAUCAUUUGGCAGAUGGAACAUUCCUUGGAGGGACUCACUUAACCGCAUUCGUCUACACAAAGGUCAAUCGUUGCUAUGCGAAUCAGGAUCUAUUAAAAGAAGUGCAUCCAUUCCAAUAAGAACAAUACAUUUCAAGAGGCUGUCUUCCCUGAAAUCAAUUCAUUUACUUGCUAAGAUAUCAUUUAAUUUCUUUACAAUGUACAAAAGAUGUCAGCGUAAACAUACAUAUUUUGUGACUCCGCGCAAUGCCCAGGUUAUAUUUGUAGUUAAAUUUAUAUCACAUCUUUUGCUAUAAGCAGGUUUAAAUUUUAUUAUUAAACUCUUACAAUAGUUUCUGUAAUAAAUAGCUGAUUUAUUUAUUGGGUAAA